CACACUAUCCAAGUUUUUACCUUUUGCAUGAGAUAAUCAGCACGUGUGUGUCGAGCCCGUUCAAAGCACCGAGGUCAGCACCGAAGCCCGAACCCCGGACGCUUUCUCCUCACAUUUGUGCAGCACGGGUCGGGAGUUUGGGACCGCUAAACAUCUCCGUCCGAAAGGGAAACGAGGAGACAGAGAGAGAGAGAGGACAUGAACGGAAGGGUGGCAGAAAUCACAGAAAGGCAAAGCUGGGUAAACGCGUAGAGCUAUUUUGGGCGUGCGUAAAGGCGCGAAGCAAAAGUAACAUUAACCGGAUAAAUGUAACCUAAACGCGGAUUCUUCCUUCUUCUUCACUGGACAUGUUUCCGCGGCCGCAGAGGCGAUGUUUAGAUUGUGUGGUGGGAAGAGGGUGAUCCUGGCGUUGUGGACACGCCGUUCUGUGUAUCAUCUCCUUUUCUUUCCCUUUUUCCUUUUAAAUUUUGCUCUGGAAAUUACGGGAAGCUCUGGUUUUAGACGUUGAACUUGUGAGGAAACGUUAAAUGCAAAUGCGGUAGGUGACCCCGGACUUCGGUUCAACAGCCGAUCAGACUUGGAAACGCUGUUUUUCGUCCACAUCGUGUUGUAGCUCGUGCUGCGUUUGGUUUUUAUCUAAACGUGAGACACCAGUGAAGUCGAUACAUGACAAACCGCUGCAUCCAGCUGUUUUAUUUCUAACCCCUCUAUUAUUCACGCCUUUUUUUGUUUUGUUUUGGGUUUGGACAUGCGGAGAAAAGUUUUUGAGAAUGAAGAAGGUUCCCUUAGCCCGUCUCUGUUUUCUGAUCACAUCGCCGCCGUGUGCUGAGCCCGAUUUGAUAAAGCGCUGCUUUUAUUUUAGUCAUUUUCAAGCUUUCAGCGUUUCCACGUUGGGGAGACAGGAGAGCUGACAUGCGUCUUCAGCUGGGAUAUAGUGCGGUGACGUACCGUGAUUAGCAUAAAGUUGUGAAACUGCCUGAUUAUCGAGCUGAUCGUGAAUGAUUAAGACAUCCGGCGCUGGUAGGGAACCGACCGUAGUGCCUGCUUAGUGCGCCGUGAGACGCCGCUUCUAUCCCGCUGUGAACCAGUUCGUGGACUCGGUUACUUUGUGAGGAGAACCUCCGGAGCCGAUAUGGAAGAGUGGAGACAAUGCGGGCGGUGGUUGAUAGACUGCAAGGUCCUGCCCCCGAACCACCGGGUCGUGUGGCCCUCGGCGGCCGUCUUCGACUUGGCACAGGCCCUGCGAGACGGGGUGCUCCUAUGCCAGAUGUUGCACAACCUCUCACCGGGAUCAGUGGACCUGAAGGAGAUCAAUUUCAGACCCCAGAUGUCACAGUUCCUGUGCCUGAAGAACAUCCGGACGUUUCUCAAAGUGUGCCACGACAAGUUUGGCCUGCGCAACAGCGAGCUGUUUGACCCCUUCGACCUCUUCGACGUCAGGGACUUCGGCAAGGUCAUCUCUGCACUGUCAAGGAUCUCCCACCACAGCAUUGCACAAAUCAAAGGCAUCAGGCCCUUUCCAUCGGAGGACACAGCUCUGAAUGAGGAUGAUGUGUACCGGAGCCUUGAGGAGCUGGCAGAUGAGCAUGACUUGGGUGAGGACGACAUCUAUGACUGCGUGCCGUGUGAGGACGAUGGGGAUGAUAUCUAUGAGGACAUCAUUAAGGUGGAAGUACGACAACCCAUGAAAAUGGGUAUGACAGAAGAUGACAAGAGAAACUGCUGCUUAGUGGAGAUCCAGGAGACUGAAGCAAAGUACUACAAGACUUUAGAGGACAUUGAGAAGAAUUACAUGAUCCCGUUGAAGCAAGUCUUGAGUCCACAGGAUAUGGAGGCUAUCUUUGUCAACCUUGAGGAUGUUAUCAAAGUCCACUUUGCCCUCCUGCGAGCCAUCGACCUGAACAUGGUCAGCGGAGGAAGCGGCCUUGGGAAGAUCUUCCUCGACUUCAAGGAAAGGUUGUUGAUCUAUGGUCAGUACUGCAGUCACAUGGAAAAUGCCCAGAAGACACUGGAUGAGCUAAUAGCAACACGUGAAGACGUCAAGAUUAAAGUAGAGGAAUGUACUAUGAAAGUGCAGGAAGGGAAAUUCAAGCUGCAGGAUCUACUGGUGGUUCCCAUGCAGAGGGUGCUGAAGUAUCACCUACUACUGAAGGAACUUUUAAGUCACUCAACUGAAAGACCAGAGAGACAACAACUCAAGGAGGCGCUGGAAGCUAUGCAGGACCUGGCCAUGUACAUCAAUGAAGUCAAGAGGGACAAUGAGACACUGAAGAAAAUCAGCGAAUUCCAAAGUUCUAUAGAAAAUCUUCAGGUGAAAUUGGAGGAAUACGGGAGGCCAAAGAUAGAUGGAGAGCUGAAGGUGUGCUCCAUCGUCAACCGAACAAAACAGGACCGGUAUAUAUUCCUGUUUGAUAAAGUGGUCAUUGUCUGCAAGAGGAAAGGCUAUAGCUAUGAGCUCAAAGAGAUUAUUGAACUGCAGUCGUAUAAAAUGUCGGACGACCCCAUGAACAACAGGGACAUGAAAAAGUCGAGUGGAAAAAUGUGGUCUUACGGUUUCUACCUGAUCCACCUGCAAGGGAAGCAGGGCUUCCAGUUCUUUUGUAAAACAGAGGAGACAAAGAGGAAGUGGAUGGAGCAGUUUGAAAUGGCCAUGUCCAACAUCAAGCCAGAGAGAGCCACAGCCAAUCAGCAUAACUUCCAGAUGCACACAUUUGAUAAGAACACCAACUGUCGAGCCUGCAAGAUGCUCUUGAGGGGCAUCUUCUAUCAGGGCUACUACUGCUCUCGCUGUGGAACAGGAGCACACAAGGAGUGUCUGGAAGUCAUCACCAUCUGUAAAAUCAAUCCCCAUGACUUGGAACCUGGAAUGUCAUCAGGUCCAAAGAUGGUGGCAGUGAGGAACUACCACGGCACACCAGCACCUCCAGGGAAGACGCCGCUUUGUUUUCAAACAGGAGAUUUUAUCGAGCUGCUGAAGGGAGAUCCGGACACCACAUGGUGGGAGGGAAAGCUGAUACAAACACAAAAGAGCGGCUUCUUCCCCAGUUCCUGUGUAAAGCCUUGUUUGGACCCAAAGCCCUUCCAGUCAUUAUCUAGCCGGCAGUGCUCAAGGGAAGCAGACUACUAUGGAUAUCCUUGGUUUGCAGGGAACAUGGAGCGCCAGCAGGCUGACAACCUCCUAAAAUCCCACAGCAGCGGGACUUACCUUAUCAGAGAGAGGACAGCCGAGGCAGAGAGGUUUGCCAUCAGCAUCAAAUUCAAUGAUGAGGUAAAACACAUUAAAGUCAUUGAAAAAGACAGCUGGAUUCACAUCACUGAGGCUAAGAAGUUUGAGAGUCUUUUGGAGCUGGUAGAGUACUAUCAGUCCCAUUCACUGAAAGAAAGCUUCAAGCUCUUAGAUACCACAUUGCGAUACCCCUAUAAGUCGAGAGAACGCUCGCUAACACGGGCCAGUACACGCUCACCAGCAGCCACCUGCGCUUCUUACAACUUCUCCUUCCUCAGUCCACAAGGCCUCAACUUCUCCUCUUCUCAGAGCUCAGCUCCCUUUUGGUCAGUGUUUACUCCUCGGGUGGUCAGUACAGCGGUGGCCAGGUAUAACUUUGCAGCGCGAGACAUGAGGGAGCUGUCACUGCGAGAAGGAGACAUUGUCAAAAUCUACAGCAAGAUUGGUGGAGACCAGGGCUGGUGGAAGGGAGAGGCCAACGGACGAAUUGGAUGGUUUCCCUCAACCUACGUGGACGAGGAAGGAGUGCAGUAAGGCUUGGAUGUUUGCUGGCCUGGCUCCUUUUAAAUCAGGAACCAUCUUCUGUCUACUGUUCUCAGAGAAAAUUACUCACUCUCUCCAGGAAAAUAACACAAGAAAAAAACUUUUUUGUUGUUGUUUAUGCUGGAUAUUUUUUUCCAGCAAGCGUUUCUACCCUCUUUCUCUAUCUUCAAUUAUGCAUCAGCUUUGCUUUUGUUUGUUUUGGGUUUGUUCUUUUUUGCAGGAUGUCCUGUUUAAUUUGUGUACAGGAAAGAAGAAGAAAAAAAAAACUGGCUUGCUGUCUGUCAGCCUCCGUGUGCACUGCAGAGGCUUUACUGAACUGAAGACACAGCAGAAACUGACUAUGGAUAGCUUUACUUUGAAAAAGGCCCCCCUUUGUUGCAGGUCUAUGUGAGGUGAAAUAAUUGUACAGUAUAGAUAAUUUAUUGAAUAGAGAUUAUUAUCAUUACUAAGGAUUAUUGUGGGGAAGUUGAUUUUAGCAACAGCAAAGAAUCAGAUGAGGACAAACUAGAAGAAGAAAAAGAAAAAAAGACAGAUGCUCUGAUUUCACGUUGAGAGAUUUUGCCUUAGUUGUCAUGGUGAUGCCUUGUGGGCUGACACCAGUGGAGGGAAUCGACUUUGUUGACUGGUUUUACUUCUCCAUGUGUGCAUGUGCCCAUGUGCGGCCCACACACACACACACAGACCAAUGUACAGUACGGUGCCUUUGAAGAAUGGUUGUUGCUUACCGAACCUCAACAUCAGCCAGUAAAGAACAUUGCCAUCCCCGUAAAGACAGUUUGUCUCCCAUCCAGAGGACUUUGUUAAAGGAGGGGAGAGGCACGUACAGCAUACGGGGGACGGCUCUCCUUCUGAGCCCUUGAAAACAAGAUGGUGAAGCAUUUAACCCAUCCUAACUGGAGACUGGAUGGACUCACUGAGACAGUUGGAGGGUUUUUAUAGCCAACAACAAUCACAUACACAGUUCACAUCAGUCUUGAGUCUAUGGUUGCAAUCCGCUGGAUGCGAAAGGGAACAUCUAGACAUUCCACUCGACAACCACUUCACACGUUUAAAUCUUGGUGUUCGUUGUUCUUCGUUGAUCUUUUUUUUUUUUUUUUUUUUUUGCACAGAAUCAAGAUUUUUUUUUUUUUUUUAAUUUUGAGAACUGGACCAGCACAUUUUUUAUUAUUAUUAUUUGAAGCCAAAUUCAGCCAUGUUUUAAUGUCUGCAUGGAGUUUGACCGAUAGCUAUGAGUUUUGUACCUUGCCUUAUUUUUACAGAUGAUCAGGUGAUGGGAUUUUUUUUUUUUUCCUCAAUAUCAAUCAAUUUACAUGUGUGAAAUCUAUUUUGGUGCUGUGCAGACUGGUGAAAAUUACAGUGUCAGAAGAGUUUUAAUCUGAAGGAAAACUUUGUGUGCUAAUUACCAUAAAUCCACAGAAGGAGCCCUUAAUCACUUUGUGAUUUUCUAGGGGUGCAGUGCUCAGUGUUUCCAUUUACUUCCAUUAAGUCAGUCAUUUAGACCGCAGUGAGUUGGCAUACAGCUUUUUACUCUUUUUUCUACUGUUAGCAUAUUUGUACCAGACUCUGCAUUAUGUUAUGUUGAGAUAUUCAGAUGUUUACUGACCCUGUCAGCCCAGUUUCCAUUAAAGGUUUAUUUCAGAUGAAUUUUACAUUCUCUUAAUAUACAAUAUAUUGACUAACUCUGUUAAUAUGGCCUUACCUUUAACCUUCACAUCUUCCACCUACACAUUUCAGUAUGGGUGUAUAACUUGCAGCUUGCACUGAACUGACUCUUCUUAAUGUAAGUUAGAAAAAAUUCAAGCACACUAAAAGGAAGAAAAAAAUAAGAAAUGCUUUACAAAAAAAUUGGAAUUUAUGUAGAGAGGCUGUUUUUAUAAAACGGAGAAUGCCAUCUUGCUCUUGCAUAAAAGCCUUCAGGCAACCCACUGAGAAGUAAA